AUGGGCAAGGGCGGGCAGGUUCCGCAGCGGGCGAGCGACUUUCAGAGCGAGCUGUGCUCGCCGGGGCCCGUGGCGGCGAAGCUCGGCAGGGCUGCCCCCCCGGCCGCGCGGGACCCGCUGCUUGCGGCCGUCCCCCGGGAGGUGUACAUGGACGCGGCGUCGAACGUGCCCUCAGCGAGCUACUACAAGGACCUCAACGACAAGGUCGCGGACAUCCUCGAGCGGCAGCGGACGGGGGCCAAGACCGCGCCGCCGAUCGAGCUUUCGCACGUCGUCGCGGCGGACGGCGCCCUGGUCUACCCGAACCGCUACCUCUGGAUGGUCUGGGUCUACAGCGCCGUCGCGAUCUACCUGAUCUGCCAGGCGCCGAGCCCCGCGGUCGUCCUGCUCGGCGUCCCCGCCAUGUACCUCUGCUACGACGUCUACUCGGGAGUCACGCACGUCAAUUUGGACGACCAGCGGAACUUGGCGGGCCUCAAAUCGUACAUCCUGUUCCAGGGCUGCCUCGAGUUCCAGUGGCACCACGCCAUCCCCGUCGACAUCACGAAGAAGUCCUUCGUCGCCUGCUGCGCCGACCUGAACAUCAUCGUCGCCGUCUCGGUCGUGAUCAACUGCGUCGCGCUCCGCUACACGACCGGCACCGCCGCCGCACUCACGGGCCUCAAGCUCUUCGGCGCCUACUUUGGCCAGUACUGCCACCGCUCCGCCCACACGCCCAAGAGCAAGCGCCCCCGCGUCGCCCAGUACCUCAUGGACAAGGGUUUCAUGUGCCCCCAGAACAAGCAUCUCGGCCACCACAAGCCGCCGCACGACGCGAACUUUUGCCUCGUCGGCUACUGCGACGGCAUCAUCAACGGCAUGCUCAAACACUGCGGCACCAACGACUGGGUCUGGUUCGGCUUCUGGCUCGCCUUCUCCUUCGGCGACGUCUACGUCGUCAACAAGGUCCUCACCGCCGCCGCCCCCUCCGUCUUCGCCGCGUAG